GUCGCUUGAGUCGGGGGUGGAUCAGAAUAAUGUAAUCUCUCUCUGGAGCCCCAAAAGGGCUGAACUUGCGUUUAGAGAAUGUGGACCAUGAAUUUUAAGACUGUGGAAGUAGUGUCAGGCUAUGGCAUGUAGUUAAUCUCAAACCCUUAGUAUUAUACACACUCUAGUAAACAUGUAUAUGUGGAUAACUCUUCUCGCGGGCUUGGCUCUUCUCCCCGCGCUACUUAAAACCUUCUUCCCGUAUUUCUUCCAGGACUGCGUGUAUAUAUAUAGAGCGCUUAGAUUCGGAAUGCGAUUAAAUGUAUACAAAAAGAAAACUCCAUUCUAUAGUAUUGUGGACUGUUUUUUGGAAGCAGUGAAGAGACACCCGCGGAAAGCGUUUAUUCAUUUCGAGGAGAAGACUUACACUUAUGAGGAGGUGGAUAAGCAGAGUAACAAAGUGGCGGAUGCUUUGCGCUCGGUGGCCGCGCUUAAAGAAGGGGACACGGUCGCGCUCUUCCUGGGGAACGAGCCUCGGUUCGUGUGGACCUGGCUCGGCCUGGCCAAGCUGGGCUGUCCCGCUGCACUCCUGAACUUCAAUAUCAGGUCCAAAUCACUCCUUCACUGCUUCUCCUGCUGCGGCGCGACCGUGCUCAUAGCAGCUGCUGAGCUUCGUGAUGCUGUUGAGGAGAUCCUGCCAGCACUGAAAGAAAAGGGGAUAACUGUAUACCUCCUGUCAGAUGAGAGCACUACAGACGGCAUUCAGUGUAUUGGUCAGGCCAUCGCUAAGGCUUCAGAUAAGCCUCUGUCCCCGUCCCUCAGGUCCAAUGUCCAUAUCAGGAGUAUAGCACUGUACAUCUACACUUCUGGCACUACAGGUCUUCCCAAGGCAGCCUUUGUGACCCAUGAGAGGGUCUGGGCUUCAUCAUUCAUCCAGGGUGUUUGUGGAGUGACGUCUGAAGACAUAUUCUACAUCAAUCUACCUCUGUAUCACAGCGCCGGAUUCCUCAUCGGACUCAUCGGAUGCAUUGAAAGAGGUAACACUGUUGUUUUGCGGAGAAAGUUUUCUGCCUCUCAGUUCUGGGACGACUGCAGGAAGUACAACAUAACUGUGAUGCAGUACAUUGGUGAAACACUGCGCUACCUCUGCAAUACACCAAAGAAAGACAAUGACCGAGAGCACAAGGUGAGGAUCGCCAUUGGUAAUGGCGUACGAGCAGACGUCUGGAAAGAUUUCCUGAACCGCUUCGGACGCAUUAAUGUCCGAGAGCUCUACGCCGCCACGGAGGGAAACGUCGGCUUCAUCAAUUACACCGAUAAAGUCGGAGUGGUCGGCCGUAUCAAUAUUAUCACCAAGUCGUUUUUCCCCUUUGCCCUCAUCAAGUUCGACAUUGAGAAAGAAGAACCCGUGAGGAACUCUGAGGGUCUGUGUAUCCCAGUCGGAAGAGAUGAGGUGGGCCUUCUGGUCGGGAAGAUCACGAAACGGACCCCUUUCAUCGGCUACGCUGGGAACAAGCAGCAGACCGAGAAGAAGAGACUUAGUAAUGUGUUUGUGAAAGGAGAUCUGUAUUUCAACAGUGGAGAUCUGCUGAGAAUCGACAACGAGAAAUUUGUGUACUUUCAGGAUCGAGUUGGAGACACGUUCAGGUGGAAAGGCGAGAAUGUGGCUACAACUGAGGUGGCGGAUAUUCUCAUGAUGGUGGACUGCAUUGAGGAGGCCAAUGUGUAUGGAGUCAAAGUCGAAGGCCACGAAGGAAGGAUUGGAAUGGCCGCUGUGAAACUGAAAGAGGGCAGAGAGUUGGACUGCGUCACCGUCUGCAGCGUCUUGGCGAACUAUCUUCCAGUGUACGCCAGACCUCGAUUCAUCCGAAUUCAGAAGUCCUUGGAAGUCACAGGAACUUUCAAGAUGAAAAAAGUGAAGCUGGUGGAGGAAGGCUUUGACCCAACAUUAAUACAAGAUCCUCUCUACUUCCUGGAUCUAACGCAAAAGAAAUACAUUCCACUCUCUCAGGAAAUUCAUAGCUCGAUCAUGUCGCAUGACAUUAAACUCUAAUAACCAUAAUAUAAGCUAACGGUACCAUGCUGAGAUCUACUAACCAGUAGUUGCCUACUAACCUCAGGGAAAACAAGUGAUUCCGGUGAAUGAUUGUAAUCUUUACAGACCAGUACAGUCAACUGUUUUACAUUAGUUAACUUGCUUUAAUCCACAAAUGUGCCUUAUCACUUAACCUUGUUAAUAAUGUACAUUUUCAUUUUCUCUCAUGUUGUAAUUCCAGUUAAUUAGAAUCUAAUAAGAUUGUGUUACACUAAAUAUGCACAACUUCAACUCUCAAGUCAGCGAUUCUCAACUGGGUCAUGGACGGUAGAGAAAAAUACCAUGCAAAAAAUAGUAAUAAAAUUAAACUAGUGGUACAAAUGUAUUACUUUAAAGUUGAUUUCGAAUGAUCAGCUUUACUGAGAGCUACGAGGUUGUCAAUCGAUGGUAUUCGCUUUUGUUUGAAGACGUCAGCCCGCAUUAUUUUAAUGUAGUUUUAAAAUAACUGCAGGAUUUGUGGUGAGAAACUACAUUACCCAUGAUGCUACACAGAGAACUCCACCAAUCAGAGUCGAAAACAAGCAAACUGGUUGAGAAUGAUUUUUAUAUUUCUCCACCACUUUUAGGCUAUGUUUACAUGGAAAUGAUUCUGAGGAGAAAACGCAAAAGUGGCGUUGCGUUAUCACUUUUUAUUCGGCGUUUAGACGAGCGUUUUGGGAGGGAAAUCCUCGCAUAUGAAAAUGUAAUGUAGUAUGCACUCCAGGCGGCUAGGAGUGCAUACUACAACAACACCAAGUCCGCGCGCCUGCGUACAACAUUCACCGUCAAGCAGACCUUUGCGUUUUUAUCCUUUAAACGGGCGUUUUUAAGGGGGUGGUUUCACUUUUUUGCGUUUUUAAGCCCCAAAAACGCCGUCGCUGUGUAAACGAAAGGCACAUCCGAUAAAAUAUUUUUACAUUUACACCCGCGAAUGUUCUCGUGUAAACGGGGCCUUAAUUUGAUUAUGCUGUUCUCAAUGCUUCAUGGGAUUAGUUCUUUUCAUAUUUUUUUCCGAUUCUCAAAUACUUUGUCUUCCUGUUUUUAGCUGACGUCAAAGAAUGUGUCCAAUCAAACUCUAAUAGUGUGAAAUUUGUACCAAAAUACGUUUAAUUUGAUUUGAACUAUUUUGUUAUAUGAAUAUUUUAAUGUGCUUAUAUAUAUAUAUAUAUUUAGAGAGAGAGCACCCUCUAUCUUAUUACAGUGAAUCUUCCAGCAAUGGCAGGGAAAGAGUUAAUGACAUUAUUCGUACACUUUAGUACAAUAAUUGUGGUUCUGAGUUUCCACUUGUUGUCCAAUGUAAAAAACAUCAGUUGAGAGUCGCUGCUUUAGGGUUGAAAAUUCAUUCUUCUGACCCAACGGCUUUUAAGAAAGCGGACCGCUGGCGGCCGGUCAAGAGUUGGCCUCAGUAAUCGGCUGCAAUCUCUGUUUUAAGUAGGUGAAAAGCCAAGCACACUAAACUCAUGACCUCUGAGCUCCAAAAUAAACAUUUCUAAACACCACAAACCCAAAUGAACCAGCUUCCUUCUUUACCCAAUACAGGGGUCAGUGACAUCUUUCACAAUCCGCAAGAUUAUGCAAUACCAGGUUAGAUCAUCAGUCACAAUUUUUUUUUACUUUAAAAAUGAGUUUAUUUAUUAAUACAGUUGUAUACUUAGAAAUGUGCUGCAAAGAAAACAAGAGAAAGUAACAAAAUAAAAAGAAUGUCGCCACACAAAGAGAAGAAACUGAACCCGGGAUGAAGCUGCGUCGUCAUAUCAAAACAAAGUCGUACUGAUGUGCCUUAAUAAACUGUCUAUUAGUAGAAAAAUACAUUUCAGGGCACAUAAUACAGCAUCCAGUAUCACAAAUAAAGUCAAGAGUCCGCCAAAGCAGACCCUUCUUAAAUACAGAGCCGUCAAAUUAUUUCUAGUUUGUAAAUAAUAAAAAUGUUUCUGUAACUGUUAAAAAUGCCAUUACGUAGUGUUUGUAUAUAUGUUGUCGGUAUAAAAGAUAACGUCCUUUUUCGUUGCAUUUAUUAUUUCUUUUUUUUUAUUAUUAUUAUUCUCCGUACUGCUAAGUUAAAUUCCAAGGCUCAGAAGUAUAACCGGAAUACAAACAUAACCAAUGUUAUAGCUUUCCUUUUUUUUUGUUAAGAAACUUUUUUUUUCCAUGUUACGUUUUUAUACAAAAUAACAAAGAUGUACAAAAGGUCAUUUACAGCGAACCAAGGCCAUAUGCUAGCACAAUAUUUACAGCUGUAAUUGAAACAUAUCCUAGUGUUCUGGUAUAUUCUUUGACUUCGUAUGCAUAGCAGUGAAAAUACAGACCUGUUGAUCAGACUUCAUUAUUUGUGUGCUAAAUAUCCCACUUCACAUCCUCCGUAACUUCCUUCUGUAACAGAAAUCCGAUGUUUGCUAGUCUUUCGGGUCAAAGUAACAAAACAAAACGAAAAAUGCAGAUAAGGCAUCACUGCUUGCAGUGUAUGAUGGGUAGGUUUGUGUACUCAACUUAGUAGCAGGCGUUUGGACCUGAGUCAUAGCACAUGCAUAGAUCUCUAGACAGCAGGAGUUCCGGAAAACCACAGUCAGUGUUUAUCUACGGUAAAACUUCGCUAGAAAAGAUCGCUUCAAAACGUAGAGAGAGAGAAAGAGGCCGUUUUUUGUUGUUGUUUUUUUUGUUUUUUUUUAAGCCAGAGAAGGGAAGUCCAUGAGCAGAUGAGUGCAACAGUCACAU